GAGAAAUAGAUCAUCAAAUAACGUCAUCUAAACCUGUGACGGUUUCUCAAGACAACGGUUACCACUAUUUAAAACAAUCAUUGGGUGUAUCAUCUGCCAAAGCAAACCUGUCACAUCUGAACCUGAAAGCUCUCAGCUUGAACCAUACACCGAUCAGAAAGCUCCACUCGAGUGUUACUAGUAGUGGUGUUUCCCCCGUCUGCCUCCCCCAGCCGAAAAGGCGAUCCACUUUAGACUGUUGCCUGCUGUUGGGGCCUACGCUAGAGUUCAGUGGCUGCCAGUGCAACCAGUUCGAGUUUAACUUUGCUGCGUUGCGUACACGUAAGCCGUCAGCGCAAGUCUAGGCUUCCGAUUGAGGUCGGCUCUCGUUGAAGAGGGAGCUUUUCAGUUAGUUGUUUUUCUGCUACACAUAUGCGAAGAAGGUUUUCCCGUACCGCUGCUGCGGCUGCAGUUCGUUAUUGUUUGAUUUUCAUCCAUUUUCUUUUUCUGGUUGAGUGAAAAAGUUGUUCCAGGUUCUGAUGGCCGAACGAAAAGUGCUCCCUGGUGCGGAAUUCUAAUUAGAAAGUGGGUGCGGUGGACAGUUUAUGCUGCUUUUUGGCAUGGAUAUGAGAUGAGUGAUAGUGUGGUAGGCCAUAGUGGAAGAAAGAAGAAAUUUUAUUCAAAUUAGGAGAAAAAUAUUUCUACACAUUUUUUUCUUGUUCGAUGUGUGAGUGUAUGUGAAAUUAACGGCAUUUUAUCUUCAGAAAAAAAGUUUAGCAGUGCACUUCAAGAGGUGAAAAAGAAUACGGAAAAGUUUGUGCUGAAGAAAUCAAGAUAUCCUCUAAUUAUAGUAAGUUGUUGUAAAUGUUCAGUGCAUGUGAUGCUUACAGAAUUCGUCUGUACUUGAAUCGAAAUUAAGGGCUUAGCCAGAAAAUAGGAGUACCACUACUACAUUUCCCUGAGAAACCAAUACGAGCUCGAGCAAUAUUUUGGAUUGGUGAUUCAGCAGAGAUUUAAUAAUCAGAACGAAACUUCUGAGCUGUGCUCAAUUCGACUACACAAUCGCUUAAAACGAAAGUCAAUGUGGCGACAAGAUGGUUAUAGUUACACGGGGUGACUACAUAUGGAUCGAGCCCGUGUCCGGACGCGAAUUCGAUGUGGCCAUCGGGGCCCGGGUCAUUUCGGCCGAGGGCCGACGUAUCCAGGUCCGCGAUGACGAUGGGAACGAAUUAUGGCUCACACCGGAACGUCGCAUCAAAGCCAUGCACGCUUCGUCCGUGCAGGGCGUCGAAGACAUGAUUUCGCUUGGCGAUCUGCACGAGGCUGGUAUACUGCGGAAUUUACUGAUCCGGUACAAUGAUAACUUGAUCUAUACUUACACCGGAUCGAUCCUGGUAGCGGUGAACCCAUACCAGAUUCUUCCCAUCUACACCGCCGAUCAAAUCAAGCUGUACAAGGAACGGAAAAUCGGAGAACUGCCGCCGCACAUCUUCGCCAUCGGGGACAAUUCGUACGCUCACAUGCGUCGCUACGGUCAGGACCAGUGCAUUGUUAUUUCCGGCGAAUCGGGAGCAGGUAAAACGGAGAGUACGAAGCUGAUUCUUCAGUACCUGGCCGCCAUCAGUGGGAAGCACUCGUGGAUUGAGCAACAAAUACUCGAAGCGAAUCCGAUCCUUGAAGCAUUCGGCAACGCGAAAACCGUACGGAACGAUAACUCGUCUCGCUUCGGAAAGUACAUUGAUAUUCAUUUCAACAGCUCGGGAGUGAUCGAAGGCGCCAAGAUCGAACAGUAUCUGCUUGAAAAAUCUCGAAUAGUUUCACAGAAUGCGGAAGAACGGAAUUAUCACAUUUUCUACUGUUUGUUGGCUGGGCUGACGCACGAGGAAAAGCGAAAGCUAAGCUUAGGGCAUGCCUCCGAUUAUCGCUAUCUAACGGGGGGAGGGUGUAUCAAGUGUGACGGAAGAAAUGAUGCAGCGGAAUUUGCCGACAUUCGGUCGGCAAUGAAGGUGCUGUGUUUUUCGGAUCAUGAAAUUUGGGAAAUUCUCAAGCUGCUGGCAGCACUUCUGCACACCGGUAACAUCAAGUACCGAGCGACGGUUAUUGAUAACUUGGACGCAACGGAAAUUCCGGAGCAUAUCAAUGUGGAAAGAGUUGCUCGUUUGCUGGAAGUUCCAUUACAGCCUUUUAUUGAUGCACUCACGCGGAAGACACUUUUCGCCCAUGGCGAAACGGUAGUUUCAACACUAUCGCGGGACCAAUCGAUGGACGUACGUGACGCCUUCGUGAAAGGCAUCUAUGGACGGUUGUUUGUGCUGAUUGUGAAAAAAAUUAACCAGGCUAUCUACAAACCGAAGUCGUCGACCAGAAGCGCAAUCGGGGUGUUGGAUAUUUUCGGUUUCGAGAAUUUCGACCACAACAGCUUUGAACAGUUUUGCAUUAAUUUUGCAAAUGAAAAUUUGCAGCAGUUCUUUGUGCAACACAUCUUCAAACUAGAACAGGAGGAGUACAACCACGAAAGCAUCAACUGGCAACACAUAGAGUUUGUGGACAAUCAGGAUGCGUUAGAUUUGAUCGCUAUUAAGCAGCUGAAUAUCAUGGCAUUGAUCGAUGAAGAGUCUAAAUUCCCGAAAGGCACAGAUCAAACGAUGUUGGCGAAAUUACACAAAACACACGGCACCCAUCGAAACUAUCUGAAACCGAAGUCGGACAUCAAUACCAGUUUCGGAUUGAACCACUUCGCCGGAGUGGUGUUCUACGAUACACGCGGCUUUCUGGAGAAAAAUCGUGACACUUUUAGUGCGGACUUGCUGCAGCUCAUCUCAAGCUCUUCCAACCGAUUCCUACAGGCGGUGUUCGCCGAGGACAUCGGAAUGGGAGCGGAAACGCGAAAACGAACACCGACGCUGUCCACUCAGUUCAAGAAGAGUUUGGACUCACUUAUGAAGACCCUCAGUCAGUGCCAGCCGUUUUUCAUUCGCUGUAUCAAACCAAACGAGUUGAAGAAACCGAUGAUGUUCGAUCGGUCGCUGUGCUGUCGGCAGCUGCGGUACUCCGGUAUGAUGGAAACGAUUCGGAUUCGUCGCGCUGGGUAUCCCAUUAGGCAUAACUUUAGAGAUUUUGUAGAGCGGUACCGAUUUCUCAUCAAUGGAGUUCCACCUGCGCAUAGAACCGAUUGCCGGAUAGCGACGUCGAAAAUUUGUGCUACUGUGCUGGGUCGCUCGGAUUAUCAGUUGGGGCACACGAAGGUCUUUCUAAAGGAUGCGCAUGAUUUGUUUUUGGAACAGGAGCGGGAUCGUGUUCUUACGCGUAAGAUUUUGAUCCUGCAGCGUUCGAUUCGUGGCUGGGUGUACCGCAGAAGAUUCCUGCGAAUGCGACAGGCUGCUGUUACGAUUCAGAAGUACUGGAAGGGAUACGCACAGCGUCAGCGUUAUAAGAAGAUGAAGAUCGGAUACAUGCGAUUGCAGGCGUUGAUUCGUUCGCGAGUGUUGAGCCAUCGGUUCCGGCACCUUCGGGGUCAUAUUGUACGGCUGCAGGCAAGAAUUCGAGGAUAUUUGGUGCGUCGAGAGUACGGCAAUAAGCUGUGGGCGGUCAUUAAAAUUCAGUCUCAUGUACGAAGAAUGAUUGCUGUGAAUCGAUAUCAGAAGUUGAAACUGGAGUAUCGAAGGCAUCAUGAAGCAUUGAGACUCAGACGAAUGGAGGAGGAAGAGUUGAAGCAUCAAGGUAACAAGCGAGCUAAGGAAAUUGCGGAGCAGCAUUAUCGCGAUCGGUUGAAUGAGAUCGAACGGAAAGAUAUGGAACAAGAAAUGGAAGAGCGCCGCCAGGUGGAGGUCAAGAAGAACAUCAUCAACGAUGCUGCGAGGAAAGCUGACGAACCGGUGGAUGAUAGUAAGCUGGUGGAAGCGAUGUUCGACUUCUUGCCGGAUUCUAGUAGUGAAGCUCCAACGCCGCAUGGCGGUCGUGAAACGUCCGUGUUCAACGAUCUGCCGGUUAACCAAGAUAACCAUGAAGAUAUUAUUGGUCCCAUUCAUACGAUUUCCGAAGACGAAGAGGACCUCUCGGAAUUCAAAUUCCAGAAAUUUGCUGCCACUUAUUUUCAAGGCAACAUCACUCAUUAUUAUUCUCGAAAGCCUUUGAAACACCCCUUGUUGCCGUUGCACACGCAAGGUGAUCAGCUGGCAGCACAAGCUUUGUGGAUUACGAUCCUAAGAUUUACGGGCGACCUUCCUGAGCCACGCUAUCACACCAUGGAUCGAGAUAACACAUCGGUCAUGUCCAAGGUUACGGCCACGCUGGGUCGCAACUUCAUCAGAAGUAAGGAGUUUCAGGAAGCGCAAAUGAUGGGCUUGGAUCCGGAGGCGUUUCUGAAACAGAAGCCACGUUCCAUCAGACAUAAGCUUGUGUCGUUGACUUUGAAACGCAAAAAUAAGCUGGGUGAAGAUGUACGCAGACGUCUGCAAGAUGAAGAAUAUACUGCCGAUAGCUAUCAAUCGUGGCUAGAAUCUCGACCAACGUCAAAUCUGGAGAAACUUCACUUCAUAAUAGGCCAUGGAAUUUUACGGGCAGAACUGCGAGACGAAAUUUACUGUCAAAUUUGUAAACAGCUGACGAAUAACCCUUCCAAGUCAUCGCACGCCAGGGGAUGGAUUCUGUUAUCGCUCUGUGUGGGAUGCUUCGCUCCGUCGGAGAAGUUCGUCAAUUACCUACGAUCAUUCAUUAGAGAAGGUCCUCCGGGAUAUGCACCCUAUUGUGAGGAACGGCUGAAGCGAACCUUCAACAACGGAACUCGCAAUCAGCCUCCGUCCUGGUUGGAACUUCAGGCAACAAAGUCCAAAAAGCCAAUCAUGCUUCCGAUCACUUUCAUGGAUGGUAACACGAAGACGCUACUGGCGGACUCAGCGACGACAGCUCGUGAAUUGUGCAAUCAACUAUCGGACAAGAUCGCUUUGAAGGAUCAGUUUGGAUUUUCGCUUUACAUUGCGCUGUUCGAUAAGGUUUCAUCGCUUGGCAGUGGUGGGGAUCACGUGAUGGAUGCUAUCUCACAGUGUGAACAGUACGCCAAGGAACAGGGUGCCCAGGAAAGAAACGCGCCUUGGCGAUUGUUCUUCCGGAAGGAAAUUUUCGCCCCCUGGCACAAUCCGAUCGAAGAUCAGGUCGCUACUAAUUUGAUAUACCAGCAGGUUGUCCGGGGUGUUAAGUUUGGAGAGUACCGAUGCGACAAGGAGGAAGAUUUGGCCAUGAUCGCCGCUCAGCAGUACUAUAUCGAGUACAACACGGAUAUGUCUAUGGAUCGGCUGUACACGCUGCUGCCGAAUUUUAUUCCGGAUUACUGUUUAACGGGAAUCGAGAAGGCGAUCGAUCGAUGGGCUGCACUUGUGUUGCAAGCUUACAAGAAGAGUUACUAUUUGAAGGAAAAGGCACUACCGCUGAAGGUGAAGGAAGAUGUGGUGGGCUAUGCGAAGUACAAAUGGCCAUUGCUCUUUUCAAGGUUCUAUGAAGCGUAUAGAAAUUCGGGACCCAACCUUCCCAAGAAUGAUGUCAUCAUAGCUGUCAAUUGGACCGGCGUCUAUGUGGUGGAUGACCAGGAGCAGGUUCUGCUGGAGCUUUCGUUCCCGGAAAUCACGGCCGUUUCGAGUCAGAAAACUAACAAAGUCUUUACGCAGACCUUCUCGCUAUCCACAGUACGAAACGAGGAAUUUACAUUCCAAAGCCCCAAUGCGGAAGAUAUCCGAGACCUGGUGGUAUACUUUUUGGAGGGGUUGAAGAAACGCUCAAAAUAUGUGAUAGCACUUCAAGAUUAUAAAGCACCAGGGGAAGGAACAAGCUUCCUAUCGUUUUUGAAAGGUGACUUGAUCAUUUUAGAGGAUGAAAGCACUGGAGAAUCGGUUUUGAACUCGGGUUGGUGUAUAGGCUGCUGUGAACGCACCCAGGAGCGAGGAGACUUUCCAGCGGAAAUCGUUUACGUUUUACCUACACUGACCAAGCCUCCCCCGGAUAUCCUGGCGCUGUUUAGUGUAGAAGACGCACAUCACGGUAAACGACUCAAUUCGAUCCACUCGAACGGCGGAACGGAAACUCGAGAACGACCGCACACUCUAGCGGAUUAUUCACUUGACCACUUUAGACCGCCGCCAAAACGUACGAUGUCCAAGGCAUUAUCAACACUCAGUUCCAAGCGGGGUGGUGACGAACUGUGGCGUUAUUCUAGGGAACCCCUCAAACAACCCCUGCUCAAGAAACUGCUAGCAAAGGAAGAACUUGCUGAAGAAGCUUGCCUUGCUUUCAUCGCUAUCAUGAAGUACAUGGGCGACUUGCCAUCUAAGCGACCCCGUAUAGGUAACGAAGUUACCGAUCACAUAUACGACGGCCCGUUGAAGCACGAGAUCUUGCGGGACGAAAUUUACUGCCAGUUAAUGAAACAACUCACCGACAACCGGAACCGCCUCUCGGAGGAACGUGGCUGGGAGCUUAUGUGGCUCUCCACUGGGCUGUUUGCGUGUAGUCAACAAUUGCUCAAGGAGUUAACGCUCUUCUUGCGAAGUCGCCGCCAUCCGAUUUCGCAGGAUUCACUACAUCGUUUGCAGAAAACAAUCCGCAAUGGUCAACGUAAAUAUCCACCCCACCAGGUCGAGGUCGAAGCAAUUCAGCACAAAACAACACAAAUUUUCCACAAAGUCUACUUCCCGGAUGAUACCGAUGAAGCAUUCGAAGUGGAUUCCUCUACCAGAGCGAAAGAUUUCUGCCAAAACAUUUCACAGCGACUGAAUCUGCGGUCCAGUGAAGGCUUUAGUUUGUUUGUAAAAAUAGCCGACAAGGUGAUAUCAGUGCCAGAAGGAGACUUCUUCUUCGACUUUGUGCGUCAUCUGACCGAUUGGAUCAAGAAGGCGCGACCGACGCGGGACGGUUCGAACCCACAGUUCACCUAUCAGGUGUUCUUCAUGAAGAAACUGUGGACAAAUACGGUACCGGGCAAGGAUAAGAACGCAGAUUUGAUUUUCCACUAUCAUCAGGAACUGCCGAAACUGUUGCGUGGCUAUCACAAGUGCUCGAAGGAGGAAGCGGUGAAGCUGGCUGCCCUGGUGUACAGAGUGCGCUUCGGCGAGAGUAAACAAGAGCUGCAAGCGAUACCUCAAAUGCUUCGCGAACUAGUUCCCUCGGAUCUAAUCAAACUGCAGACAACAAACGACUGGAAACGAUCCAUAGUCGCAGCUUACAACCAGGACGCCGGCAUGUCUCCGGAGGAUGCGAAAAUUACGUUCCUCAAAAUAGUUUACAGGUGGCCCACGUUCGGUUCCGCCUUCUUCGAGGUGAAACAGACGACAGAACCGAACUACCCGGAAAUGCUGCUGAUUGCCAUCAACAAACAUGGUGUCAGUUUAAUUCACCCAAGCUCGAAGGACAUCCUGGUAACGCAUCCAUUCACGCGCAUUUCCAACUGGUCCUCUGGCAACACGUACUUCCACAUGACGAUCGGCAAUUUGGUGCGCGGUUCCAAGCUGCUCUGCGAAACGUCGCUCGGCUACAAGAUGGACGAUCUGUUGACCUCCUACAUUUCACUUAUGCUGACCAACAUGAAUAAACAGCGAACAAUUAGAAUUAAAUAGGUUGGCCUUAAACACAUUCGAUUACUAGUUGCUAGCAAUUAAGUAGCACAGCGUAGCACAGCUUUAAGGCAAAUUCAGUUUUUCUUUGUUUUUUUUUUUCAUCCUAGCAACAUGCUUUCAAAAAUUUAUGUAUUUAUUUUGUUUGAGCUUCGCUUUUUUUUGUUUUAGCUGGUUGAAAGCAUAACGCGUAUUUAAGUAGAAAUAAUAGAACAAAUUUGAUCAUGCUUGCGUAGGACUAUUUAUGGCGCUGAUCUGAUAUUAAGACACCAAGCCGCUCGCGCGAGGUGCAUUCAAGCUAACAGUAGUUUUUACUAUAAUCUUCACUUCCUAACAGUAUUGAAUCAAUCAAGUAAAAGGAAAGGGACACUCAAGUGUCGAGAACAAACGUAUGAGCUAGAGGAGGAGCUAAACAGUUUUGAAAUUUUCAAUAGUGUGCUGUUAUCAUUUUUACGUUCAAACGAACCCUUAAAGCCAUUUUAGUUUAUGUAACUAAUUUUAUCGAAACCCACAAUUUGCACUGUCUAAAGUAUGCUUUUAUUUAUUCGAGCCAAUUCCUUAUCCUGCUUUCAAAUAUGUCAUUGGUCAGAGUCUAGUUUUUUUUUUUUCGUUGUAUAGUUAUCCUCAAUUCGGAAAUCAGUUAAGCAGCAGUUUACAGGACAUACCCAGAGUGUUGCUAAUAUUACUCAAUUGCGCCGCGAAUGCUUGCAUCUUGCCUGAAUGAGACGAUGCCUGUAGUUGUGAUUGUGUCAUUGAUUGCAUGCUUGAAAUUACGUAAAUGUACCGUAGCGAUCCGGCCGGAAAUGGCAUAUGUUGGCGAUGCGGUACAACAAGGUGUACGGAAUGCUCUACAAAGUUCAAUAUUUUUGUAGUUUUAUUAUUAUAAUGAUUACCUUGUUAUACAUACCUUUAUUGCUAUUUACUGUAACUGGUCUAUUAUACAAUAAACCCCACAUAGAGAAAUA